AUGGCAGCGCAUGAACAUACUCCUUUGUUGGCCAAAGGCGACCGGCAGAAGUCGACCAAGAAUUACUUCUCCAAGAUCCUGGCUGGCUUAGUCGGUGUUUUCCUCGCCAGUGCGGAUAAGUCCAUUCUGCUAGCAACCCAAGGGGAGAUUGCUUCGUCGUUACACUCUCCAUCCAGUGCAUCGCUGCUGUUAGUAAUUUACAAUGUGGGAUUCUGCAUCGCAUUGCCUGUGUAUGGUUUUCUAAGUGAUAUCUAUGGCUGCCGACGGUUCCUAUUAUCAGCGUAUGCCUUGUUCGCGGUGGGAUGUCUGAUCUCUGGAUUUGCUACCACCUUAUGGCCCUUUGUGCUGGGCCGUUUGAUUUCUGGAAUGGGUGGUGCCGGCAUGACUGAUCUACUCUCGGUCCUCGUGAACGAGAUCUUUGACAUCACGGAAGUGGCAUCAGUGCGCAGCUACAUCAUCGCAGCUGGCAUUGUUGGGCAGGGCUGUGGAGGGCCUUUGGGGGCCCUUGUCGCCGACAUGGUCGGUUGGAGAUGGUCUUUAAUCGGGCAAACACCCAUUGCAUUUCUGUGUCUGGCUCUCGCACAGUGGCAGUUCUCGACCACUUCCCCAGUCGAGACACGUUCCGACAGGAAGCUGAGCUUGAGGCAGUUUGAUUACUUUGGGGUUGCGUCCUUCUUUAUUCUAGUUACGUCUUUCAUCCUGGCAACCACAGAGGGGGGCAUCUCCUAUCUUUCGUCUAGGACGUGGGAGCUGCUAGCUGUCUCGGGGGUAUUCCUCGUGGUGUUCAUGCUUAUUGAACGCUUUGGGACCAAGUACCCCAUCAUUCCACCCUCCGUUGUUUGUUCGCCCGGACUGAAGGGAAUCUUCUGCGGGCAGAUUAUCUACUUCGCCACCGUCACUACGAUCCUAAACAACCUCCCUCCCUACCUCUACCGAAUUGACCAUCUCUCCAACUCGGCGAUCGCCGUGCGCAUCUGGCCUGCGGCGCUCGGCCUGAUCUCCGGGUCGAUUAUCGCCGGCAAAGCCAUGAGCAAAAAACUUCAAUACCGCAAGCUCUCCCUAAUCGCCAUUGGGAUCACCUUCCUCUCUCUGACCGUGAUGACCAUCCGCUGGCUCCACGGCAUUCACGGCGUCGAGGUCUUCUACUGCUUCCCCUGGGGCGUCGGAGGCGGCCUGCUGCUGUCGGCGCAGUUCAUCGCGCUGACGAUCCGGUCGCCCGCAGAGCAGCUCGCCAGCGCGAUCGCAGUCUAUCAUCUCUCGCAGCAGGUGGGCCAGAUCAUCGGAACGAGUGUCAGCGCCGCGGCGCUGCAGCAUCUGUUUAGAUGGCGGGUGGAAGUCGGGCUGGAAGAUAUGCCGCUGGAUAAUAGAUCCCAGUUGAUCGACCACAUCGUGCAGGAUUACAAGUUCACAGAGAAGUUGGCACCGGCGAUUCAGGCUGUGGUGCAGUCAAGCUAUAUCGAGGCAUACAGACUGAUUCCUGCAUCAGCCCUAAUCCUCUCCGGAAUCGUGGGCGCGUUGAUCAUUUUCUCGAAAGAGAAGAAGACCAUGUCGUAGACAUAGUUCAUACUUAAGUAAUUGAUGGAAUAGAGAUAAAGGAUGUAGAUUAAAUUAG